AUGCCAAUUACUAAAUUACACAGCUAUCAAGAAGAAGCAGUAAAUGCCAUUAACGAAAAAUUUCAGCAAUAUUUAGAUAAUCCUCCGCUAACCGGAACCGAAAAAAAUCCUGUUCCAAUACCUUUCAUUUAUUCUCUAAAAUCAAUUACUGGUAGUGGCAAAACGGCGAUGUUAGCUACUUUAACUAGCCAGUUAAGCGAGAGAAAAUAUAAUUCACUUUUAAAUACCAAAAGCGAAGUUUACUCUAUUAAUGAACUAAUUAGUGGCUUAACUACUCCUUUUUUAAAUAAUCCUAAUCCCAUAAUUUACCUAACUACUACUGGUGUUUUCAAUGUUCAAACCAAAGAAGGACGGUUAAUUUAUCAGUCUGAACGAGCUGACCAUACUAAUAUAGAACACUGCCGAAUAGAACCGAAAAAAAUUGCUGUUUGUGCUAAUUUAGAGUUUAAAAAAGAUUUUCCUCUCCCGGCGGACUUUGCUCUUUUUGAUGGUCAAAAUAGCCAAGAUUAUCAAAAGUUUUUACAAGUGAGUUUUGUCUACAUUGACCGCAGUAUUGGGAGCGAUAUUCAAGCUCAACAGUUAAUUGGUCGAGCUUUAAGAACUCCGCAAGGAAAACAUUAUCGCGGUCAGUAUAAAGAUUUAAACACGGCUUAUUUUUAUAUCAAAACUAGCAAUAAAGAAUUUAGCGAAAUUGUUAGUAAAAUUAAUAAAGAAUUGGAGAAUAUUAGUGAUUUAAUUAAAUUAGAUGUUCCCACUAAGGCGGAAAAAAAGAAGUUAAGUCCGGUUUUGGUAAGAAAGGAAAGAUAUUUACCCCAAAUUGCGGUGAUUAACCAAACGGCAACUGAAUUAGCUAUUCGCCAUAUUUUAAUUAAUAAAGUGAAAGAUUAUUCUCAGGUUGAUCUCCACGAGAUAGAACCCGAGGAUAAAAGAGCAAUUAUGGAUUAUCAUAUUGGCAAAAAUACUCCUUUAAAGGUUAUUUGA